CUGGGCCUCGCCUUUGCUCUCAAUGCAUCUCUUCCCACUUGAUGUGCGCUCCGAUGCAGCCAAGCUGCGACGCAGCUAUUUGCAGCUGGCCUUGAAAUAUCAUCCGGACAAGGUGGUGGGCGCUGAUGCUCAAGGAGAGUGUGAGCAACGUGAGGCCACUGAAAUCUUUCAAGAGAUUCAGGCAGCGUACGAGGAGCUCGCCACACGCUUGGACGCCAAAGGUGCGAUCGCCUCGGUGGGCCGAGUGCGGAGUAGCUUGGCCGCUGCAUGCGAGCUGGGAGACGUGGAGGCCGUGCGGCGGCUCCUGGCCGAGGACCCGCCCGCCGCUUCGGAGCCCGACGACCUGGGCGUGACGCCCUUGAUGUUCGCCGCGGCAGGCGUCCAAUGUCUUUAUCGUGACCAUUCUGGAGAAACAGAUCAAGGUGGCUCGGUGGAAGUCUGCGAGCUGCUUCUGGCCGCGCAGGCCUCCUUGGAGAGCGUCACCUUGCUGGGCUGGACGGCACUCACCCGGGCCGCCCUGCGGCAGCGGACGGCGGUGACCCAGUGGCUGCUGGACCACAACCCACCGGCCACCGUGAAGGACAACGACCUAAUGGUGGUGGCUUUCACUGGAAAUGACCAGACUUUCCGGAUCCUGCUCGCCCACACGUCGGAGCCGAAGAUCCUCCACGUGCGCGAUGAAGCCAGGAAGGGCUUGCUGCACUUUGCCCUCACAGGCUUGGCGUACUUGAAGCGCUCGGCCUCCUGCCACGCGCAGUGCGUCGCCCUGGCCAUUGAGGCGAAGUGUGACCCGCGCUCCGAAGACGAGCGUUGCCGCCAUCUUCGGUCGGAAGGUUUCAACGAGGCCGUUCCGGUACUAGCGCAUUUCGUCCACUGCAUGGGAGAAAACUGGGCCAACGACGGCCUGGAUGAGUCCGAGGAACACCUCCAGAUGGUGCAAAGGCUGUGCCGUUUGCGGGCGGAUGCGAACCUGGAGGGCCCUCAUGGGACUGCUUUGCAGCUGGCAGAGCUGCAAGGAUUUACGCGAACGCACCAGGCUUUGAUGCGGCAUGCUCAGACACUUGCCGAAGCGAAGGUUCCGCAGCAGCCGCAGGUCCUAGUGCCGGCGCCGCAGAGGGCGGGUCCGAGCGUGCCGCGGCUUGGCAGGCUUCAGAAGCUGGUGAUGACGGCAUCGUGCUGCUGCCGGUCGGUGUGAGGUAGCAUCGCAGCGGCACUGAAAGCAAGGAUCUCCUUGAGCUGCUCAAUGGGAACUGUGUUGGCCGCCCUAAACAGCUCGCCAUACUUCACCUCGGUUCUUCUAACAAAAAACACAGCAGACACCAUGCUCCUGCAGAGGGAUUUCCUUUGAGAACGGCCACAGCCAAUGCACGCUGGCGCGAUGCUGGCAGACUGCGCCCCUGGGUGUGAAGAAC